AUGAAUAAAGUUGAAAAUUCCAAGGAAGAAAAACAUGAAAUUUCAGAAUCGCAAGUUGCUCCAAUAGAUAUUAUACAAAUAAUUUAGAAGAAUGUAUAUUUAAAUACAAUAAUAGAGAUCAUCAUUAAUGAAAUUCCUGAGUCUUCAAAAAUUAUUGAUUCUACACUUUAAAAAUAAGAGAGCAAGCAAUAACUAAUAUAUCAUAAAGACAUUUACGCAAGAAAUUCAUUUAAGAGUGUAGGUUGUGUUUGUAGAAUAUGUGAAUUUCCAGAAUAGAAAGAAAAUCCUCUUAUUCGUGUAUGUAAAUGUAUAAGAUCUCAGAAAUACGUCCAUGAAUAUUGUUUGAAAAAGCAAAUUAUAUAAAAAUAUCGGAUUAACUUAAAUAAAGCAAAAUGUGAAAUUUGUUCUGAUACUUAUUAAAUGGAACUUAAAAUAGAGAAGAUUUUUGAUCCUGUAAAUUAAAAUUUUACAUUUUAGUAAACAGCAUGGUCUCAUAGCAAGGAUAAAUUACCUUUAUUUUGUUUAUUGGUCUUCUUAAUUGUGUUAGUAGUUGUUGUAAUCUUACUUGGAAUUCGAUUAAAAGAGGCUAAUUCAAUUACUGAUAGGAAGAACUUUCUAGACUCCAAAUCUUUUCUCAUCAUAUUUAUAGUCUUUGCAAUCAUUACAAUUUUGGUAUUACUAUGGUUAAUUGCAAUGAUCGUAAAGGGACUUUUAAUAAUGGAAAAAAUUUUGUAUUGGAAACUCUUAGAAUAUAAGCCAAUAAAGAAAUCAAUACUCAACAAAAAUAUUUAAAUCUCAGAUAUCAAGUAAUCAUUUCGUAAAUCUAAACUUUUUGGUGAAUAACUAACUACAUAAAAUAGGAAAAAUAAACAUCUAAAUACAUUUAAUAUUGAAAAAAACAAUUAUAAUCAAGAUGAUCAAUCAAUUGAAGUUGGUGAAAUAUCUACUUAACGAAAUCUACCAAAAUCAGUUAAUAAAAAUGUUCUCACAGUUGAAGCUGAUCCUCGAAAAACCAAAAGAGCAAGAUUUUCAAUUAUUUGA